AUGGUAUUUUUUUGCGAAAUGAAGGUUUUAACAGCCGAAGAUAAGGUCGCGUGUGUUGGUAACGAAAAUGAACCCAGAGUUGAUGUCGACACGAAGUUAACGAAGGAAGAAUUAAAUAGGGGAUGUCCUCUCGGAGUAUCAAGGGUUAUAGAUUCUGUGUAUAUCUGCGGGGCGCACUCCCUGCCUGGGGCAGUAAGAGCUCUUCGACCAGGGCUGGUAGUAAACGCUGCUCCUGAGCUACCACCACCUCCCGAAGACUAUGUACCGAGACACUACGUACCACUUCUGGAUACACCCAAUUCAGAUAUGCAUCCAUACAUGGAAAGGGUCGCUGACCUUAUAAAUGAUGUGGUUAGCAACGGUGAGGUUGUAUUGGUACACUGUGUCGCGGGAAUAUCGAGAUCGGUUACUCUGUGUCUCGCCUACCUCAUAAAAUGGCACAAGAUGACAUUGUGUGACGCCUAUCGACAUAUGAAAUUGAGAAGGCCACAAGUGAGACCAAACACAGGAUUUUUCAAACAACUCAUCAAGUUUGAGGAGAGAUUAUUUGGAGAGGCGUCCGUCAAAAUGAUUUAUUGUGAGGCGAUAGACAAGGAAAUCCCCGACGUGUACGAACCAGACUAUAGGGGCAUGACGUGGUUCAGACAACGAUAUGGACCCAUCGAGAACAUGUGA